AUGUAUGGUACUAUGGUUGAAUGUGUUAGAGCAGCAUUAACAGCUGAUAAGAUUGCUACAGAAGCUUCAUUCUUCUCAUUCGGAACUAAUGAUCUUACACAAGGAACAUUCUCAUACUCACGUGAAGAUUCAGAAAACAAAUUCAUUCCAAAAUAUGUUGAACUUAAGAUUCUUCCAGCUAAUCCAUUUGAAAUUCUUGAUAGACCAGGUGUUGGAGAAGUUAUGAGAAUUGCUGUUACUAAAGGAAGACAAACAAGACCAGAAUUACUUGUUGGUAUUUGUGGAGAACACGGAGGAGAACCAUCAUCAAUUGAAUGGUGCCACAUGAUUGGAUUGAACUAUGUUUCAUGUUCUUCAUACAGAAUUCCAGUUGCUAGAAUUGCUGCUGCUCAAGCCCAAAUUAGACAUCCAAGAGAAAAUUAA